AUGAGCACAGCGAGGCUGAAGCGCAAGCUCGGUGACCUAGGCGUCGAUACAUCCAGCAGAAAGGCAAAUGAGAACUUCUGUCUUUCGAAAGACACAGGCGAGUUCGUACCGUUAUGGAAGCAAGAGGUGAGGGAUGAGAAGGGACGGAGAAGGUUGCAUGGUGCCUUUACCGGCGGUUUCUCUGCUGGAUACUUUAAUACAGUGGGUUCUAAGGAAGGAUGGACACCAUCAACAUUCAUAUCUUCCCGGUCCGACAGGGCCACGAGCAAGAACCGUCCUUCCCGCCCAGAGGACUUCAUGGACGAAGAAGAUCUCACAGGAAUGCGUGAUGACCAAAAGCUGGUCGAUGAGCAUGAACAGAUGGAUUUACUGGGAGGCACACAAGAUGAGAUGAGAAAGCGUGGUGAGGGUGCCGACGACAAAGACGCAAUCACCCUCGCACUCGAGCGGUCUCUCCUCCCAGCGCCCAAGGACUCUGUAGGCGCUCGCAUUCUGAAGAAAAUGGGCUGGCGCAUUGGCCAGGGUAUCGGCCCACGGAUAACAUGGCGUCAGCGUGAAAUGGCAUUUGGCCGUGACCCAGACGUGCCUUCCGCCGAUGACAUAGACGAGGAAGGGAAGAAGCACAUGUACGCCCCUCGAGACACGCCGCUGAUCAUCGUCGAGAGGAAAGAUAACUUCCAUGGCUUGGGCUAUGACCCUGGACUAGGGCUGCAUGCGAGUCUUGGCGUUGCGCCUGAGGCUUCCAAACAGUCCAAUGACCCACGUUUAGCUGGUGGUUUUGGGCUUGGCGCGCUGAAUGAUGCAGACGACGACGACUUAGAUGUUUAUGAUCACUCCCAGGUCCACGGUAGGAAUCGUCAUGCAUAUGAUGCGAAUGAUGUGCACGAUGAGGAGCGGGUGAUUAUGAGUUCGCGAUCGCAAGGCGCACGGGAUUUUGGAAAAGCAGCACAACCUCAAAGACCUUCUACCGGGCAAGUAACAUUUCGUGAUGGGAGACCGCCUUUGAACGGGUUCGUCGUAUCUGAGAAACCCGUGGCGGAGGACCUUUGCUUCCCAAUACCAGAUGUCCCAAAAGAUUGGAUGCCAAAUCCCAAACACGUUUGGGAGAGGGAGAAAGCUAAUUCAAAAGACAAAGAGAACGCAGCUAUACCUCCUCCGUCACAAACUCAGUCGCACGCCCAGUGGAAAACAGGCAUCUCUGCGAGCCAGCGGGGAGCAGCGCUCGGUGAGACACCCCUCCCUUCUGCACCCAGGUCCAUCUUCGAGUACAUCUCCAAGAAAGACCAAGAACGCAUCAAGAACAUCGCUGCAAACCGCUUUGCCCCUCCUUCCACGUCGGAUGAUCCUCCGCCAGGUCCCUCACUCCCCACGCCUCCCAGGAUCACACACACCGAGCCCCAUAUCGCCCAAGCUGCUCUCCACGGUUUUCAGCCCUUCACAGCCGAUCCAUCUAAGCAGGCAAGGUACACUGCCUAUCUGCGUGCACACGCAAAUCCUGGCUCAGGCGCAAUUCCACCGGCACAGAAGCCUGGGCAGACACCCGAGGAGUUCACGAAAGAAAUAAGCGAUUAUGCAAAAUCAGCUGCAUUAUUCCGUCCCGUUUCUGGAGCCAUGGCUGGGCGGUUUACAAGUGCCGCUGUUUUGGAUCUCGGACCAAAGAUCAUCGAGGGCCUGCACACGCCUGCUGCACAACCAGAAGAGGCGGCGGACAGUAUGGAUGUAGCAGAGGAGAAGCCGAAGGAAGAAGUCAAGGAAGAAGCCCCGAAGGUGCAUGCUGCUCGACUGGGCAUGUAUGGUGUUAUGACGCGCGAGGUGUGCACGUGGCAGCCUGCGCGGCUGCUGUGCAAGCGCUUUGGCGUCAAGGACCCGGUUUCGGAAGUCCCUGUCGAUACCUCUGGGCCGUCGGCACAGGCUGCAGGGUCUGAGUUCACAGGCACAGCGUCAGCAGACGAAUUCGCGGGUGCAAGCGCGGGAGCGGCGCAAGUGGAGAGUGGGGGCUCCGGGAGUAGCAAGCGCGAUGUUGCGAAUAUUGGCUUGGGGGAAGAUGAUGGGCAGGGGGAUGACGUGCUCACGUAUGAACGUCCCGGGAUGGAUAUUUUUAAAGCAAUUUUUGCGAGUGACGAUGAGGAUAGCGACGAGGAGAAGGAUCGUAUGGAUGAUGUCGAUGAGGUGGACGAGCCCUCUGUCUUCUCCGCGCCAGCCGCGCUGUCUAAAUCAGGCCCGGAUGUCAAGCCACCACCAGCGAAUGGUAUCGUGGAAGAUGUUGACCUGACUACGUUCAAGCCUACCUUCAUACCCAGGGGAUCCAAACCGAAAGACGCAGAGAAGAAGGAAAAGAAAAACAAGAAACAGAAGAGUUCCAAGGGUGUUGCGCUUGUUUCCUUUGCUGUAGACGAGGAUGGCGGAGAGUCAUUGUCGCUCACUGCUGCGCGUCAAAAACACCGAGAUCGGGAUAGCGAGAGGCCGAGGAAGAAGAAACGGAAAGAUCGAGAGGGGGAUGGAGGUGAGGAUAUGUGGGUUGAAAAGCCUCCGCCGGAUAUUGUGAAGGCCCUGCCUAUCACUGAUGUGUCCCCUGAUGAGGGCGGUCAGGUUAGUGGACAGGAAAGCGGACCUGCUCGUGCUCGUAAGAGGGCAAUUGAUUUCAUGUAA